UUUUUUUCUUUCUGUCACCGGGGGCCAAGUUUCCCCGCCCACUCUCCUCAUUUUCGCCUGAGUCUAGAAUAGUAGAGCCAAGAAAUAGUUAAUCUCUCCGGCUGCUGCUAUGAUUGGCCGCUGUAUGCAGCCUUCAGCCUCCUUGAAUGAGAAACAGGGGUAACCAGGCAACUUCAGAGCUGGAGAGAAGGGGGGAGAAAGAAGAAGAUAUAGGGGCUUUACGGGAUCAUAGAAUUGUAGAAGAAAUUUUGAACAUGUAAAAAGCGAGGCAAUGUGAUUUCACCUUGUGUCUCCGGCAAAUGGAAUUAACAAAUGGAUUUUCUUAAACACGCUCCCUCUCUCUUCCUUCCUCUCUCUCCCUCUCUCUCUCUCUCUCAAUGGGGGAAAAAAUAGAGCGCUCAAAUGAAGGGGACACAGAUGUGGAUUAAAACGCAUAAAUGGGACACUCCGGAGAAGCAUCCGCUGAGAAAAAGUGCUAAGAGCAAGUGACUGUGAUGGGCUGUUGGACUGCAUCUGAAGUGCUCUGCCAAAGAAUAAUAUCCACUCUUGACCUACUCUGAAGAACAAUAUUUCAUUCAAUCAAUGUUGCAGUCUCCCUUGGGGGGAAUUACUCCCGAGUAAUAGGUGGACCCUCAGAAAAGAGCAACGGUGGACCAUGUGAUACUUGACCUUCACGGAGAGAACUCAGGUACACUCCAGAAAAUGUCAAAUCUGAUCUGAAGCUGCUCUCGAGAGGAUCACCCAGCCCAUAAUUCAAUCAUCUUUUUACGUGUUGUUUAACAAUACUCAAACACCAUGGGCCAACACUGACGUAGCAUAGUUAUCAAUGCUGGAUCUUCAUUUACUGAGGAAUGCCGGACAUCUCAUCAUGGAUUUGAACGAGAUUUUCUCCGCCAAAGACCUACUGUGAGAAAGACUGGAGUGGAUAGACUUGGACACUGGGAGUUGGGAGGAUUAGCUAGUGUGCUGCUAACCCAUGGUGGAUCUGCUGUGAGCAGGACAAGGGACUCAGCAGUGGAGGAUGUCAGCGGAGGCCGAGCUCCAGCCGGGUGUCAAAACCAGCCAGCGAAAGGAGUCCAGGAGGAUCAAAGGUCAGGACCGCAGUGAGGCGGGGCUUAUUAAGCGUUUCCGUGGAGAUGGCGUGCGCUACAAGGCCAAACUGAUCGGGAUUGAUGAGGUGACAGCGGCGCGUGGGGACAAGCUGUGCCAGGACUCCAUGAUGAAGCUGAAGGGAAUGGCUUCCUCGGCACGUUCCAAAGGGGAGCACAAGCAGAGAGUCUUCUUGACGGUCUCUUUCGGCGGGAUCAAGAUUUACUGUGAAAGAUCAGGGGUGCUCCUGCAUCAUCACUCAGUCCAUGAGAUCAGCUACAUCGCCAAGGACACCAGGGACCAUCGGGCCUUUGGCUAUGUCUGCGGGAAAGAGGGCCACCACAGGUUUGUGGCCAUCAAGACUGCACAGUCAGCGGAGCCUCUCAUCAUUGACCUGCGUGACCUCUUUACGCUCAUCUACGACAUUAAACAGCGGGAGGAAAUGGAGAAGAAGGCCCAGAAGGACAAGCAGUGUGAGCAGGCGGUCUACCAGACCAUCCUGGAGGAUGAAGUGGACGAUCCAGUUUACCAGUACAUAGUGUUUGAGGCUGGACACGAACCCCUCCGUGGCCCACAGUCAGAGGAGAGCGUUUAUCAGGUCCCAACCAGUCAGCAGAAGGAAGGGAUCUAUGAUGUCCCAAAACGCCAUUUCAUGACUAAUAUCAACCACUUUGAUCUUUUCGGCGACAUGUCCACUCCUCCCUCGAUGCCCCCAUCACCUGCCAACACACUGGACCCUAGCAGGAGCAGUCGCCAGCAGCAACACAAUCCUGCUGAGAUGUACGCCCCCUUCAGCCCCACCUCAGUGCCGUCAGGUUAUAUGACCAUGGGUCCGGUGCAGGCAGCCCAGUGGGCACAGCAGCCAUUUCCUGCCCAGGCUCAGACUCUGGCCUUCCCCGUGCAGGGGCCGCUCCAGGUGGCUCAGGUCCUCCCCAGUGGUCAGCCGGUCAUCUGGAGCCAGGCCAACAUUUUCCCUGCGACUCAACAGCAGUGGGCGGCCAUGGCAGCCUACAUGCCGGCCCAGACAGUGGGCGUUGGGGGGCACGCCAUACCAGCUGCCAUGCUCCAAGGCCUGGUGCCCAUUACUACCAUGUGCCCCCAAGCUUGUGACCUAUCAGCACCCUCUUCCGCCAUCACCAGCCCCCAGCACACGGCCGACCCCACCUUGUUGCAGAGGCAGCUGAGCCUGGGGAAAGAAGGCCUUGGCAUGGACUCAGAUGCAGGCGAGGGCCCCUCUACAUCAGGAGUCGGAGCAGCAGGUGUUGGACCUGGUGUUGUGUCAGCAACAGUGAGCAGGUGUGGGACCCCAGGCCUCAUGAGUGUACCAGACACAUUGGCCUGCAGUCAGCUGCUGCCACCUUCAGCUGGGGUGACCCAGGAAGAGGAAGGGAGCUGUAGUGACCUUGAUCUCUCUAGGAUGACCUUAAGCCCAGGUACAUCCACAUCACCGUCUACUGAAUCUCCAUCCACUCCAGCUCCACAGCAGAGCUCGUCCUCAGAUUGCCCCCCUUCCCAGGCCAGUGACCCCCCCACAGAUCACUCCCCUGUAGACCCUGAGGGCAUCUCCAGCAACACGAGGGAGGAGGAACAAUCGGGCUCUGUUGUUGCAAGGUCGAUCUCUCCUGUGCCCAGUGAAGCUCCUGAUCCUCCGCAGGAUCAGACUUGUCCACAGGAAGACAGCUAGAGAACAACAGACACUGAGGGAUGGAAGCUCUCAAGGCCAAAACUGAAGCUCAUGAAAUAGACAAACAGAGAGAUGAUUGACUGUGAUCAGCAGCAUCUCUCACAGCUGGAUUACACAAACUGUUUUUUCAACCUUGAAAGGAUAUUUUGGCAGUUCUGUAAAAAGCUGGCUGUCCUAGGAUCUGCUUUCCUCCAGAUGCCACAUACUGUACUGUACUCCUCAGCAUGACAACCAGACUUUGGCUCUAUCAUCCAAUCAAAUAACCUUUCAACCAGGAAGUGACCUUUAAUCCUGACAGUACCCUCCUGUAACGGAUUCAUGAGUUUAUAUCUGUGAGGAUGCGUUACACGGCCGUGGUGACACUGAUGAUGCAAAUUUAUUUUUUGGAACCUUUCAUGAGGAGCAGCAUCCUACUGUACGUGGUUGACCUUGAAGUUUGUCAACUGCCACCAGCAAAGACUGUACACAGCAGAUGGAUUUGCCAAAUGUUCUCAUAGUGUUGCACCACCGAUUUGCAUGAACAGACUCAAUGUGGAUUCAGCGGACUCAGCUGUGAGCAAAACUGUUGUCUGCAGCUUCCUUUAAGAUCUGAAACAAAUCGAAAACAUAUGAUUUCUUUUUCUCAUUUUAUAAGCUGUGAAUUCUGUGUUGAUGACACCGAGUCAUUAGAGAUAUCGAAAUGACUUAGAGGCAUCAAUGACGAAAUCAAAAUUUGCCAAACAUCUAUUUUGUAAAUAAGAAUCUUCCCAAUCCCCCACACCUGAGCCUCUGUGCCAUAAGAUAGCUCUCUGCCUCUUUGGAUGCCAACUACCUGUGUUUCUCUCUAACAAUGCCCUACCAGCACCUCCAUUUUUUUGACGUCUGGAUGUUUGUUUCGCUUUUGCUGCCAUUUAUCUUUGAUUUCAGGAAAUGUCUUUGUUUCUGUUUGGUUGGUGAGAUAUGAACUGUGAAUUUGUGUUACAUGGUCACUCAAAGUAAAGCCUGCUGUACCUGUCUCACUCAUCUUGAGCUCGACAGAAGAAAGAAUUGAACGGGUCUACAAACAGGAAAAAUAGCGACAAAAAUCAGACAACUUAAAGAUUACAGACUUCUUUUUUUUUUUUCAAUAAAUAGGAGGCAGAUUUUCCUGCAUCUCGUUGUUUUUAGAUAUUCUACAUUUCCAGCUGAGGUCGCAUAGUUUACAACGUAGAAUCAUAUCUCUGUUUGGUCUCUUGAAUAAAUAAGCAGAACAAACCUGUACUGAUGAGACCCAGCUUAACAACCACAAGCUCAGAGACAGUAGAGUGCAUUUCUAUGCCUUAUCAGGUUUAUUUUUGUUGUCCAGUCACUGUUCUUCUUGUCAGGUCAUUUGUAUACAGUCAACAGGUCAUUGUUGUAAGAAAGCACUUGGGCAUAUUGUAGGUCUGCUCCACUGAAUCGAAAUGGUCAAAAAGAAAGGCAACGUUAUAUAAUAUGAACAAUAGAGAUAUCACUAUUAACUGCUAGACUUACAAUAACAAAUGGUAACUGUACCCCUGCUCGUGUAAGAAAAAUGAGAAAUAGUCCAAAAUAUUUUGUAAAUUUUAUUUAUGGAAUUAAGAAUUGUCAUGAAAAAGAGAUAAAAAAAGGACUUUUGUACGUCUAUGACUUCCCCAUACACUGUACCCAUGCCACUGUUCAGUCACAAAUAAAAUAUCAUGUGAU